GUCUAUAACGCCUGCGUGAACUUACCAAUACUAUUUUCCAAUUCGAUGAAACGGUGCGUUUCGUAAUUUCAAUUAUCGAUUCCAUCUUCACGUGCCUCUGAAAACAGAGCCUAUUGGCCAUCGAUUCAAUCGGAGACUCCACGCCGGCGCCGUUAACGGCAGCUGAACUGGUACUUCCCGUUGCUACUCCUUUGAAGUUCAUAUUUUCUCCCAUCUCUCUUUAUCAAUCCCUUAAUCCUUCUCGACACACUGCUCUUUCUAUGAUCGUUCCUAUUCAUCUCACGAAUCGCUUCAUUUUCAUAAUUCACGUCUUUUUCCCAAUCAGUAAUGCAGAAAGUAACAAAAUGAUAAGAGCUGUGUUGGUGAUGAACACGCAAGGGAAACCUCGUCUCGCUAAAUUCUAUGAAUUUCGGCCCGUGGAAAAACAGCAGGAAAUUAUUCGCAAUGUGUUUGCAGUCUUAUGCAGUAGACCUGAACAUGUUAGCAAUUUUGUGGAUGCUGAGUCCUUCUUUGGUCCGGAUGCUCGCCUAGUCUACAAGCAUUUUGCAACUCUAUACUUUGUGUUCAUAUUUGAUGGUUCUGAAAACGAGCUCGCUAUGCUUGAUUUGAUACAAGUCUUUGUUGAAACAUUGGACAAAUGCUUCAGAAAUGUAUGUGAGCUUGAUGUUGUGUUCAACUAUAGCAAGAUGCAUACUAUACUAGAUGAGAUUAUUUUUGGAGGCCAGGUGUUAGAGACAAGUUCAACUGAGGUUAUCAAGGCUGUUGAAGAAAUAUCAAAGCUUGAAGCAGCAUCCAGUUCAAUCAAUCUUGUUUCCAAAUCUGUUUCUAGUUGGAGGUCGCGGUAGUAUAAUUUCAUUCACUUAAGCUUAAGGAAGGAACUGCAUUCACCCAUGCAAAGGGUUUCGAAGACGAAGUAUCUCUGAUCAGGGAAGUCAGGGUGGGUGUAAUUUGUUCUUCUAAUUGAAGCAAAAAGUGACACCCUUGAUCAGUUGAGUUGACCAAGGUUGCUACUGAUGUUUUAAUGACGAUUUAGUUAAAAAGCCAUUGGCAAAUUUUUAUUUUCCAUCCUUUAUUGGUACAAGGAACCGUGUACAACUUUACUGGUCACUCAAUGUUCCCAACAGAACCCAAUUUUGGUUUAUCUAUUUGGCUGCAUUGACUUGAAAUGUUGGCCCUGUAUAAAUAUGUUCCCAUAUAUAUUAUUGUAAUUUAUGAAGAAUAUUGGAUUUACUGUAUCAAACAGCAACUACUGGAAUCAAUGCAUGGGACGAUUGCCUGCUUGUCUUAAA